AUGUCAAUUGAAGUCUACAUACAAUUCGUGUUAAUAAAACAACAAUGAAAUUCAGUAAGCUCACUUGAAAUGUUGAAGUUGAAAUAUAUAUAUUUAUUUAACGCAACGAGAACAAAGUCACGCUUGGGAGACGGGAAUAUUGCAGUCUAUAAAAUAGUGUGUGUAUUUCAUUAUAGUAAGGCCUACCAACCAUUACACAGAUUACUUCGUGGUAUGAUCAACGUGUUGUCAACUUUCAAUGUGUAGUGUAGUGUAUAUGGACGUUCGUCACCAUCUCGCCGCUAGCGAAUAUCAUACAUUGGCAUAUCAUGAUUUUAAAGCAGCUUGGACAGAGAUGAACUGAAGAAAAAAAAAACUUUUUAAUGACGCUCAAAAAUUAGCUUACCUCUCAAAUUGCAGACUUAAAACAUAUAGUCAUAAGAAUCUAUUUGCAUUACUUCAUAGAGAAUGCAUGACCAGGAAUGCCUUAACAAAUUGGGAUAACUAUAUAUAAAUAAGACAAAGACACCUGUCUGCUUUAUGCUGUCCAAUAGCUUAGAAAUGUGUACACUGGAGAAAGUUGUGGUCGGCUCAGAGAAGCUUUCAGUUUGCCCUCAACCUCCUCCUCGCUUCAAGAAAAUUGCCCGCCUGUCUCAACUAACAUUGGACCAAGAUAAAACCCGAGAUACAAAAGUUAACGAGCUACCUUACUUGGAGGAACUCGGGAAUGAUACAAAGCAAAGAGCGAUUGAAAAUGCUCCAAAUCCCAACACUUCUGACAGUUCUAAACAAAUAUCUAACGAUAUAAACCAACAAAAAAAUCCAAAGCCUGUAGCUAAACCAAGAACCAAAUAUAGAACGGCACAGGACCAAAAAACUGUAACAGAAUCAGAACCAUUUGAGCACACAGACACAAUUCCUCCGGAACCCGAAGAUAAUGCAUUCCAGAACACUUAUAGCACAUUUGAAGGUUUCCUUGGUGAAUCCCAAAGCGCGCCAAAACAUUUCGAAAACGACGCUUGUGAUAAGAGGAGCUGCAGUGAUAGUCAAAGCUCAAAUGAGUCGGUUUUCGAUGGCGACUUAUCAGAAUUUGAUCCCUUGAAAAGAACAACAUUGUACUUCGACCUGCUUAAGAUUAUCAACCCAAACAAUCAAAUACCUUGCAGCGACGGUGAUUCUAUCGGGCAGUCCUUUCCAUGUCUUGACCCUUGGCCGUACAGUGACAUUCAGAGAAUUUCAGAUUCAGGAGCUUUGACAUUUCCAGAUAAUUUUAGUCCAUUUGAUUCGGAUUUUUCUACUAACACAGACCCUUUUGAAAAUACGCAUUUUUCUUCUGAGUGUCAGACGUUCAACACAUCUAUAAGUGAGACCAGUGUGUCAUCGCCCAGCGAAAAAGGAAGCACAUCCUCAGAAACUCCAAUUUCAUAUCAAAACGACGAGAGCGAUGAUAUUGAAAGCGGAACAAAGGUUCUACAAAGACGAAACGGUGUGAUAAAAUCAGCAAAGAAUUCAGACAGCCAUUCUUGUUUUUCUAAAAUCCCCCAAAGAAGUGGCUAUUUGUUGAAGCAAGGUGGACAAAACUCAAACAGGGGUUGGAGAAAGCGCUGGGUUGUCUUCAACGGUACCAGCCUGCGCUAUUUCAUGGAGUCGUCUUCCCCUGUUUCCAUCCGUAUCAUUCCAAUAAAAUGUAUGGAGAAAGUUGAGGUGGACAUUAAACCGACUGACCGUGACAGCUUUAGGUUUAAGCUCUACACGAACAUUAAAAAACGCGUUUUUCUCUUCUCCUCUGAGAAGAGCGACAACUGUAUUCAGUGGGCUCUUUCCCUAGGUGCAGCCAUCACACAGUACCAAAAGUACGGUUGGUUUCAAAACGAUUUGGGAAAACCAGACCAAGAAGGCUUUAUCCGCAUCAAUUCUAAAAAAUAUUACACCACGAUCAUGGACCAGAAGCUAACCUUCUAUGACUCUAUUGAAGACUAUGGAUAUGGCUCUCCCUCUCAUGAGAUUGAACUAAACUUGGCGUCCAUCAAAAAAGUCGUGGACGAGAAAAAGUUUAAGCUCAAACUGUCCACUAACAAAACAUUUUUUGACCUCAUGUUCGAGGACCAAGAGGACUUGCAACGGUGGACUACUGCCCUUGAUACGGCCAUCCAUAAAAGCCUUUCCGAUGACACUGUGCUGAAAAAGGUUCAGGAAAACGAAAGCAACAGCCGAUGUGCUGACUGUAGCUCCGAAACAGCUUACUGGGCAUCCGUCAUACUCGGCAUUGUCUUGUGUGACAACUGUGCAGGGAUACAUCGCACUUUCAAUCUUAAACAGUCCAAGAUAAGGUCGUUAAGAAUGGAUGUCAAUGUUUGGACACCUUCCCUAAUUGAUUUAAUGAUUCAAAUAGGCAAUGCAAAUGCUAACGCUUUUUGGGAGUACAGUCUACCAUCUGGCAGAAAGAUCCAACCUUCGAGUACCAUUGAUGAAAGGAAAAUAUUUUUGACAGAAAAAUACAUAACGAAGAAGUUUUGCGAACCAUUUGAUUCAGGAGUUUCCGAAGAGAAACUCGCUUCGGACCUACUAACACUCUCCAAAUCUGCAGAUGUUAUAGGUGUUAUGAAGCUCUUGUUUAGCAACGACAACCUUCCACAGGAGCACAUCUCUGCCGCUUAUGAAACCGCCAAAGAAAAUGGAAAAGGUUUAGUCGCCGAGUUUUUAUUUCAGAACGGAGGAGACAGGCAACAUCUGGAUAACAGCUACAACGAAAAGCUUGAGGAGAUCAAACUAACUGGCUUCCUUAAGAAAACUGGUCCCCAAGGUCGACCAUUAAAAAGAUGGUGCGUUCUCAACCACGGCGCUCUAAUGUAUUACACGAAUGAAAAGGGUUCAAAGUGCAAAGGUCUGAUCCAAAGAAAUGAUAUUUUAUUGGUAAGGGUCAAAGAUGCUCACGGUCUUCAAUUUGAGAUUAGCACGAAGAUGAAAGACAAUCGGGUGUUCACGUUCACCUCGGAGAGAAAAGAAGACGUGCUGAGAUGGGUCCAGGUGCUGACCAAGACUUUAAUAGCCACUAGCGCAUGGGACAAAGUGGACACAAAUGACAUUCUCGUUUCUGGGCUGGGGCAAACACAAGAAGCCUCAGGCGAGGAGUGGCUUGACAGCUUUCUGGUAUUGUCCAAGAGCUCUCUGCUCCGCAUCAGGCCGAAUCAGGAAAUUGAUGCAUUAUCUUUAAGCAAAGUGCAUAACAUCAGCUGCGUUGCCGGCAUACAGAACCAAGACAAGUACGUAGCAAUCAGUACCUCAGAGAAAACGUUUCACAUCAAGGCGAAAUUGCAAAGAGACACCGAAAAGCUGUCGGAAGUGUUGAGUACCUUGUGCCGAAAUCACCCAAUCGACUCGUGACUAAAUUGCAUGUUCAGUAGUCUUUAUUGUAGUCAAAUGGUAACUGGUACCAUAUCAUACCAAAGGAAAACAAUUAGAAAAUAAAGUAAUGGACAGAAAAAAAAAAGGCAAAACUAAAGAUAAUGAUGUACACUGCUCCAUUCAGUCUUUCUAGAUAAUUGAUUGUCUUGGCAUGUGUCUGUUUCUUAAUAUUAAUUUGAGUGAAAAAAAUCCUUCUACCCCUAUUAAACGUGCAAUAUGAUAUAGUAAGUUCGUAUACAAGAAAUGAUAUUAUCCGUAAAUUUAUACACAUUUUCAUGAAAAGGAAUGUAUUGAAAAUAUUGCUUAUUUUAUGAAGCGAUUUCUCUAUGUAUUAUAGAUAAUAAAUGACUUUACAGUGACAAGGUAAAUAGCGAGAAGGUGGUUUGCUAUAGCAUGUAAUAUAUUGUUUGUGUUAUUUGUUUGUUAAGCAGUUUCCAGCAAGAUACGUUCAUAUAUCGCCUAGCUCUUUUUUUUUUCUAAACAUCUUAAAAAAAAAAACAGACUAAAAAGUUGAAAUCUUGUUAUAUACCCGUAGAAUCUACAUGGAAUAUCAACCGCAUAUUUGUGAUUAAUCGUAAAGUGAUUUUUUAAAUAUUUUUUAGACAUCCCUUUUUAUGAUUUAUUUUCAAUGCAUUUACCAAUUUACAAACCCAGAACCGGCAGUUUGGUGUUUUAUAAGCAUUAUUAAUAGAUAUGAGUUGCACUUUGAAAGGAAAAAAAUAUUUGCUUUGAUCUUCAUUAUUAUCUUUUGAAUAUUAAAAAAAGAAGUGAUUAUACUCAACGCAAUGAGUCCUCCGAUGUGCAAUCUUUGAAGUGACAUGAUUUAUUUGCACUAAAAGAUUUUGUGUGGGUUACUAUUUUGCGACAAUUUAUUAUUUGCCAUUAUAUACAUUUGUAUCAAUGUGUAUAGAUGUAGAUACUGAUUAAAAUAAACAUUUUCUUCAUUUA